AUGUCUUUCUUCCGUAGGAACAGAAACGACCCCGUCAUCCCCCCUGUCGCACCUACCGCCUCUCAAGCCGCCGACCCUUAUGCACGCAACUCGGGCUCUCAGGCAAAUCAACAAUACGGUGGUGGAGAUCCUUAUGGUAGUUCAAGAUCUGACCCAUAUGCUUCUCGUGUGAACGGAGGAAGUAAUCCGUAUGCUAAAGCUGGAGGACAGGACGAUGCGGCUCGUAAUGAGCUUUUUGCGGGUUAUAAGAAACCUGAUAAACCUGUGGCGGAAAGGAAGUAUGGGUAUGAAGGGAGAGAGACGGAAGAGGAUUUUGAUGAGGAUGAAGAGGUUGAGGGGAUCAAGCAAGAGAUGAGGGGGAUUAAACAGGAGUCUUUGGCUUCCACCAGAAACGCCCUCCGAUUGGCGAGAGAAGCAGAGGAUACCGCUCGUGGUACCAUUGGCAAGCUUGCCGACCAAUCGGAACGCAUUGCAAAUUCCGAACGUUACCUCGAUAUGGCAAAGACCAAUAAUCUGCGGGCGGAAGAUAAGGCUAAUGAGUUGCGACAGUUGAACAAGAGUAUUUUCAAGCCCGUCAUCGUUUGGAACAAGGAUGGCAAGCGUGCCGCCGAGGAACAAAAGAUUGCUCAGCGAUACGACGAAGCUCGUGAUGCCCGCAAUACCACUCUCAACGACAUAACUCGAACCCGACAAGUCCUUGGGAAAGCUGCAAACCCCGGUCCGGCUGGUUCCGCUCGACAGCCCAUUGCUGGCGAACAAAAAGCAAGAAAGCAAGAGAGACAAAGAUUCCAAUUCGAAGCCACUGGAUCGGACGAUGAACUGGAAGAUGAGUUGGAUGAGAAUAUCAACGAGACGCUUCAGGUCACUCAGCGUCUUAAGCAACUCGCCGUGGCUAUGGGUGAAGAGGUCGCCGGACAGAACAGUAGAUUGACCAGAGUGACGGAUAAGACGGAGAAUCUGGAGUUUGCAGUCAUGAAGAAUACCGAGAAGCUCAAGAGGAUCAAGUGA